CGGAAAUCAGCGGCUGCUUCAAAACAAAUGAUGUCUAAAGGAAGAAAGAGAUGAAAUAGUCCCCAACUAAUGAUUUAAAAUGAGACGGUCACAUGCUCCAAGCCGGCUCAGUUUUGAUGGGAAGAGAAAAAGUGAUGAACAUGAAAAGCAAACUGGUGGAUUGACAAAGCGGACAUGCUCAUCACCAAGUAUUUCUGAGACCCAGAAAUUUAUGUCACCGUACCGACGCCCACUUGAAAAUCUUGAGAAUGUUCCUGCUUCACCAAAUGCAACUCUCUCCAGCCAUGAAGCCUUCAUCAGAAAGAUUUUAUCGAAGCCAUUCAAGGUGCCUAUACCUAACUACACAGGUAGCACCCUAAAUCGGGUGCUGGGCCUGAGGCGGACAGGAGCCCGACAGCCCCUCCAUGACCCCUUCGAGGAUGGAGCCCUGGUGUUGUACAUACCACCAGAACUUUCCGCCCAUGACCAGCUUAAACUGGAAAGUGAAAAGUGCCCAGUCCAUGUUGUGGUGGAUCCUUUGUUGACCAAGGUCCUCAGACCACAUCAGAGAGAGGGUGUAAAGUUCAUGUAUGACUGUGUUACUGGCAUCCAAAUCCCAGACAACUACGGCUGCAUCAUGGCUGAUGAAAUGGGUCUGGGUAAAACCUUGCAGUGUAUAACUUUGACAUGGACCUUACUGAGGCAGGGACCAGACUGUAGUCCGAUCAUAGACAAGGCCGUCAUCGUGUGUCCCAGCAGUCUUGUUAAGAACUGGUACAAUGAGAUGAGCAAAUGGCUUGGUACGAAGAUUUCACCACUCGCCAUCGACAGUGGAUCCAAAAGCGAAAUUGACAGAAACUUAAACCACUUCAUGAGCCAGCGGGGUCGUCGUGUAUGUAACCCAGUUUUAAUCAUAUCAUACGAGACGUUUCGACUACACGCCAGUGUGCUACAUCACGGGGAAGUUGGACUUGUUAUAUGUGAUGAGGGCCAUAGACUGAAGAAUUGUGAGAACCAGACAUACCAAGCCCUGACAGGGCUGAACUGUAAACGCAGGGUACUGCUGUCCGGCACACCCAUACAGAACGACCUCCUGGAAUACUUCAGUCUUAUACACUUUGUCAACAAGGGAAUACUAGGUACAGCUCAAGAUUUCAAGCGCAGGUUUGAGACACCAAUCUUGCGAGGACGAGACUCAACAUCCAGUGAUGCGGAUCACAAACGGGGACAGGAAAAACUGCAGGAGCUGGCAAGUAUUGUUAACAAGUGCAUCAUCAGACGAACCCAGGCAUUGUUGACGCAGUACUUACCUGUGAAAAUUGAGGCAGUGGUGUGCUGUGGUAUGACAGACCUUCAGCGGGAAAUGUACCAGCGUCUGGUCGACUCGAAGGCAGCCGAUGUUGUCCGCCAGGCAGCCAACGGGAAAUCGUCAGCAGGCAGUCUCUCCUUCAUUACACAGCUGAAGAAACUUUGUAACCACCCUGACCUGAUAUAUGAGAAGUGUGUUGAGGGUGCCGAAGGGUUUGACGUGAUCCUGGACAUGUUCCCGGCCGGUCACCACCUCCGAACUGUACGGCCUGAACUGUCUGGUAAGGUGCUGGUUUUGGACUGCUUGCUUGCCAUGAUCAAGUCUACGACCAGUGACAAGGUGGUGCUGGUCUCCAACUACACUCAGACGCUCGACCUGUUUGAAAAACUCUGUAGACAGCGAGGGUACUUGUUUGUGAGGCUGGAUGGAUCCAUGUCGAUAAAGAAGAGAGCCAAGGUAGUGGAGAACUUCAAUAAUCCCUGUAGCCCAGAGUUCAUCUUCAUGUUAAGCAGUAAGGCUGGAGGAUGCGGCCUGAAUCUUAUUGGGGCAAACCGUCUCGUCAUGUUUGACCCUGACUGGAAUCCAGCCAAUGAUGAUCAAGCUAUGGCCCGGUGUUGGCGAGACGGCCAGAAGAAACAGUGCUACAUCUACAGACUCCUGGCGACGGGGACCAUUGAGGAGAAGAUAUUCCAACGUCAGGAACACAAAAAGGCGUUGAGCAGCUGUGUGGUUGAUAAGGAGGAGGACGUGGAAAGGCAUUUCAGCCGGGACGAGCUACGUGACCUCUUCCGACUCAACGAGAACACGCUCAGUGAUACACAUGAAAAGAUAAAGUGUCGACGGUGUGUGAACAACAUUCAAGUUAAGGGGCCGCCAGAGGGCUCUGACUGUAAUAGUAACCUAUCCCAGUGGAACCAUGCUGCAGACAAAAAGGGGCUGCCUGAUCUCACACUUAAGGGCGCAUGGGUGGCUGGUACGCCCGUCACGUACGUCUUUCAUCAUCACUCGCAUGUGCAACAGAGGGUCACUGUGUGAAAGAAUUGGAAAACAUCGGUGGUUUCUGUGCUUGUUACAAUUUUAGCACAUGUGUUCAUGUGUUUUCUGAUCCUAUGAUGAAGGAAACAUUGAAAGUCACAGGUCUGACAAAUGGAAAUGGAAAAUACUGGCGGAUUUGUGCUUCAGCUUGUAUUAAUUGGAACAAAUACAGUUUGAUGGAAAGAGAAAAUCAUCAUUGAUUAAGGCUUAAAUAAGUUGUAUGCAUUGGGGUAGCAUGUUUACUGUCACAUACAUCUUACGUCAUCUAUGAGAAACAUUGUCGGAUGCACUCGAUACAGUAAUACGCUAUGCUUCUUUGAGUACUGUAGGACAUUUCACUAGCAAAAUCUUUUAAUCGUGAAUGAUUAUUAGCUUCAUUGCUGACAAAUGAGGACCUCUUUGGAAUCUAAGUCAAUGAAAUUAUGUUAUACUGUAACAUGACAGAAAACUUAUCACCCUGAAAAAUAAAUAAUAUACCGUUACUUGAAAACGAGAUUGUAUCACUGUGAGUCAACGAAGUGUAAACUGAAGUUAGUACCAGGAUUAUCUAUCUUGCAUGAGAAACCAAGUGACACCAACACUGUGAUGAACAGACCUUUGAUUGUGGACCUUAUGGUAGUGUUAAAUGGGGUUACCUAUUGUAAGGCAUUCCUCAUAACUAUUGUAUGAAUAAUUGUGUCACAUUAUUGGUAUGAUGAACAGACAUUUGGUUGUGGACCUUAUGCUAGUGCUAAAUGGGGCUAACUUUUCGUUCAGCAUUCCUCAUAUUGUAUGUGUAAUUGUGUCACAUAAUUCGUAUAAAGAGCAUGCAUUGGAUCGUGGACCUUAUGACAGUGCUAAAUGGCAUUCAUCAUAACUACCGUACUGUAUGAGAAAUAGUGUCACAUCAUGGGUGUAAUGAACAUACAUAUGAUUGGAACUUAUGAUAGUGCUAAAAGGACAUUUGGUUGUGGACCUAAUUCCUUAUAGUUGUGCUAAAUGGGGUCACAUUUUGUACGGCGUUCCUCAUAAACACUUGUGCAUAGAAUUGUGUCAAAUUACUGGUUUGAUGGACAGACAUAUAAUUGUGUACUUUAUGAUGUUGAUGAAAGGGAUAACAUUUUACGAUAUAUAUCUCAUAAACACUUGUAUAAAGAAUUGUGUCUGCUUGUACAAAAGAAAAAGAAUCACUGUGUGGUAGGUAGGAUCUUGAAUUAUUUUGAUAUCCUUAAUCUCCCACCAUGAUUAUUGAAUGUUCCUGUUUCUAAUGAUUUCAUUGUCUUUCUUCAUUGGGUGCAUAUCCAUUGUACGAGAAGUAAGAGACAGCUAGAGAGAUAUUUAGCAUUUACAGAACUCAGUUUUUUGAUACUGUCAUGUCACGCGUGUGUUUGUAUUAUUUUGAUUAAACCAAGCAGGGCAAAAUGAUCCCAAAUUAACAAGAAGUACUAGAAGUCAUGACUUACAGAAAUAUUUACUACUGUAAAUACUUCAUUAAAAUGUAUUUGAUAUUAAUUUUUAUUUUAUUCAGCUUAAAUCAGGGCUAACAACAGGAACUGAAAGCCAAGAGUCAAUGACUCCUGAGGUCUGAUUUUCAAGAGUCAGAAUCAGGUUUUCAAGAGUCAUGGUCCGUAUUACUGAUUUCGUGGUCUUUCUCCGUAAAUAAUAUUUCUCAUCCCUCAUAACAUGGCAUUGCAGGGAACAUAGUUAUCUAUACUUCUUUAAAUAGUUUUCAACGGAUCAGUAUACUUAUACUGAUACAAACUUAAGCCUUAUGUUCAUAUCAGUAUAACUAGAUUGGAAAGUUUAUAAAAUUCGGAGACAAAUAUUUUAAUCUUGCCUUUAAAUUCAGUUGUAUGCAACAGCAAGACAUUGUUGGAUAAGAGAUUUUAUUAUAUUGGUUAAAUGAUGCUUUUUAUGAAUUUUGUUUUGGGAAAGGGAUAUAAAUUAAGUUUUACUUAGCUUUCAAAUAUUGCAGGAUUUAAUUCUUUAUAUGUUCAACUUUCUUCUUUCCCUAUUUCACUAAAUUGCUUCGUUUCAAGUCAUUUAAUUUCAUUAUACUUUUCACCUGAGGUGUAGUAUCUAAUGCAAAUCACUUUUCGCUUAAAAAUGGCAGUUUUCUUGAAAAAAUAGAAAAAUAAUGAACAUUUUCUGAUGAAAUUUUACAAGGAAAGUUAUGCCCUGAUCUACAAAUUGUUAUCACACAAAUUAUAAUGUAUGCUGAUUUUUUUAGAACGCAUUCACGUACCAAUAUUGGCAAAAAAAUACAUAUAAGAUAUCAAACAAAUAUUCCUUACCAACUACAUCGUGUUUGAUUUAUUUCCUUUUAUUAUAAAAUUGAGUGUGUUGAGUGGUAAAAAUUAAAAAAUGCCCCCUGCUAGAAAUAUGACCUCAAUUUCAAUAUGGCUGAUAAAUUGCUCAUUUUCGGAGAAAAUAUUAGUUUUCCCUUAUUGUAGCUUUAUUUCAACAUAAAUAUUUUUGUACUCCUAAGCAAUGGUUUACCAGGGCGGGCAAAUAAUUUGUGUGGCAAAAAAGUGGUCCCUAACCAGUACAACAAUAAUAUAUGGUUAUAAAUUAUAUAGUAUUAUUGGGUUUCAUUGUGGUAUAUCAAUACUUUUUUGUGCAACAUUAAUACAAUGUCUGUUGAAAUAUUUUCGUGUAAUUUCAACUCUUUGUGAAUGAA